GCGACCCUGUCACCACCCUGGGCCCACCAGCAGCCAGACAUACUAGCACUCCGGGCUGUGAGGGAGCCCCAGAACUCGGAGGCCACAGCCAAAAUGGCGGAGACUACGAGCCGGGUCCCCAAGUCAGCGGACAGACAGACGCACCCGCCCUACACUGGCAGCAAACUGACACGGGACACGUAGAAACCAACAGGUACCUGCCAAGACCCACUCCGGGUAAAGCUGAACGAUGGCGGAGAAACCGGAACCACGUCGCAUCCAUGCAAACAGCUGCACAAGCGGUCAGCAGAGACCGACACCGGAGAACUACCACUCAAGCACAUCCAUGUGCGCAUAUAGAGAGGACCCUCAAAGUGAGAGACAUGGCACCUGCGACGAACCCCUGUACACUGAUCCUCUCAGAGCAUCGCGAGGAAGCAGACUCACACUUAUCGAUAGCCCGCAGCUGUGAAGUCACCAAGAAAACGAAUGCAGGGAUCUAA